UGCGGACGGGGGAAGCAUGUCCGAAAGUUCGCGCCGUUUUCGCAUCACUAGUACGUGAAAAAGUUCGAAACUUGUAAAGUUAUUUAUUAGUCAUGUCAUGACGCUACCAUGACAUGACUAAUUUGGAGUAAAGUGCAAAAAGACGAACAAAAUAUGGUGUUAUUUAAAAUAGUGGCGAAAAAUACGUGACGCGAUGUGUAAGAACGUGAACCCUGUGACCUGGGAGACCGAGACCCUCAUGGGGACCCCUCCUCGGUCCACGUGGGAUAGGUACUGCCCCAGGGCUGCGCUGUCCCAUAUGGGACUCUUUGUGGCGCUCAUGUUAUACACUGCUGGCGGAGGACUGGUGUUUCGGGCUCUGGAAUAUCCCGCGGAGCUGGCUAAGCAGGAGUUCCACAGGGAACGACUUUUGGCCGAACGCUGGAAUCUCAUAAGAUUUGUGUUUGAACGCAACGUCACGGAAAUUAUAAUUUUAGAAAAAAUACUAAGCGAACAACUAGCCAUUUAUGAAAAGGUAUUAGAAGAAGCGUCAUCUAGUGGCUUAGCGUUGGAAGUAGAAAAAAACUUUCCACCAGCAGAGGAAAAGUGGAGUAUAUUGCAAGCAGUAUUCUUCUCUUCCACAGUUCUCACCACAAUAGGCUAUGGUAAUAUAGUACCUGAGACAUUUUGGGGCAGAUUAUUCUGUAUUGCUUAUGCUCUUAUUGGUAUACCAUUGACACUCACAGUUAUAGCAGACUUAGGAAGAGUUUUUGCAACAGUUGUGUCUAUUAUAGCGAAGCAAUUACCCCCUAUGCCAAGGUGUUGCAGUCGAGUAUCUGAGGCGAAUCCCACAGGACAACGCUCAGUUUACGCUCUCGGAGCCGUGGCAUUCCUGUUCGUAUAUUUGUCUGCUGGUGCCGGUUUAUUUAAGAUGUGGGAGGAUGAUUGGACUUUCUACGACGGAUUCUACUUUUGUUUCAUCACAAUGACCACUAUUGGAUUUGGAGAUCUUGUUCCAAAAAGACCAAAGUACAUGUUACUAUGUACACUUUACAUUCUUAUUGGGUUGGCACUAACGUCUACCAUCAUAGAGUUGGUGCGAAGGCAGUAUGCAAGAUCGUGGCAGCAACUCCGGGCUCUGUCAGGCCCGUUAGCAGAUACCCUAAGAAGAUUGGGAGAUGCUGGUAGAGGAGUAGACGUGUCUGCUUUACAAAAAGUAUUGACCGUGGUUACCAUGCCACGAUUGAGCGGUCGUGAUGGGCUCUCGGAGAAACGUCAGUUGGAAUGGGAGGCGGCCCUGGAAGCGGCCCUUCGAGAGAUCAAGGCGCCCAGCCCGGAGAAGAAACCGACUAUUGUUCAAAUUGUUAUUUACGAAUCAUCGGUAUAAAUUUAACAGCCGCGACGGAUUAACCGCUGCGAUUGAAUAAGAUUGGCGCCGAUAACUAAAAUUGUCAUUCAACCAGCCCCUCAUUGAUUUCUUGCUUGUUUCUGAUUGGUUCUCUGACUUGCAUCUAUGAAUGUGACUAAGAAGAAAAAAAUCCUAUAAAUCAACGACGAUUACAUCGUAUCCAAGAAUUGACCAUUCGUGAAUCAAUAAAUUCUCGUAAAAGCGACAUAUGACUUCGAAUCUUAGAAACGACUGCUCCGCCGACGAGUAAUCCGUUUGGGUUUAAUAAAUAAUUGGGUUUAAUGAAGUAUUAUGUAGUAAUGAGGCGAAAUAUUUCGUGAAUUUCUUUCAAAUUAUUUUUUGUUUUGAUGUGAGCUGAUCACGGACGCAGCUAGAUAGCGUGACAUUUUCAGAUUACACAUAAAACCUCGAAGGUGAAGGUCGAAGAACGCCUUGCUUCAUUCCACAUUGCUAUAGAAUGGUAAUAAGAUAAAAUAUACCAUUUUAUAUAUACAGCUGGUCUUAAGCACAUUAAAUGAUAAUUUCCAAACAUUAUUUUUAAACUACAUUUUUUAAAGACAAAUUUUAUAUUUGGACAUUGGAUAUUUGGAUUUUUGUUUAUUUUAAUUUAGCAAAUAUCGCAUACCAGUUGUUAUAAAUCGCAUCCUCUUGGUACGUAACAAAAUUCAGUUAAAAAAUAAAGAAAAACUAAAUUGUAAUUGUAAGUGUAAACUGAGUAGACACUCUGUUUGUGUUAUGUGCUGCACGUGCCAACUCCAAAAAAGAUGUGAUGAGCUGUUUGUGCAUUCUGUUUUGUUUGACGUUAAGAGUGAGUGAAAUCUUCGGCGGCACAUUGUCUAGACACAACAUGUAAUAAACAUAUUUAAACAGAUAGUUUAAAAGCCAGCGUUUAUCGAACGUAGCGUAGACUACGGUCUAGAUGGCGGAUUUUGGAAUAUUAUUCUGUUAGUACUGUAUUUUGGCAUCAAUCCCUAAUUUUGUAAUACAUAAAAUACUAAGGUAUGAUUUCUUGCCUGUAUUAAUUUGAAAUAAUCAAGGCCUAAGCUUUCCUUUUCCAUUAGCAGUUCUUUUUAAUUGUGGCUAAAAUCGUACAAAUAUCAUACAUACAUACAUAAAAUCACGCCUUGUUCCCGGAGGGGUAGACAGAAACUACAUCUUUCCACUUGACACAAUCUCUGCAUACUUCUUUUGCUUCAUCCACAGUUAUAACUCUCUUCAUGAAAGCUCGGCGGUUUCGGGUGCUCUUGAAAAAAAAACUGAUAUCACUUAGUUAUAAAAUUAAUACACUACUGUUCUUCUAUAAUUUAUAAUAUAGACUUAAAGCUUCCAAGCACUAUAUUUUACGAUUUAAUAUAAUGUAAAUAAGUAUCUAUGUAUAAAUUCUAUUGAAAUCACUAUCAAAUUACCAUUGCCUUCCAAUCAUUGUUCAUUAUGAUAUGAUGAAUGUUUGUAUUUGCAAUACUCAAAAGAUGUAGAAAAUUGUUAGAAAAGACAUUAUAGUAAUUACGUUUUAUAGCUCUAACACCCGUUUGUUAUUUUCCAUUACGUGAACUGUAUUUUGUUUUCUAAUUGAUUGAUGAUUUUAUUAGAAAUAUCAAUUAAAAAAUGUUAC